AAAAGACUCGGGAAGACCAGCACGAGCAGCAUGAUGCGCCGGUGUGUGAUGCAAGCGCGGUCCUUCGCGACCAAGAAGGGCAGCGCCGCCACGGAGAAGCGUGGCGCCAAGUCGGCCAAGUUCAAGGCCACGGCCAAGAAGAACGACAAGGGCACCGACUCGGGCAAGUACGACGUCAUGCUCCGUGCCCUCAAGGGCCGCGACAUCCCGCCGCCGGAGUGGACUGAGGCCGAGAAGCAGGAGCACUUUGAGAUUGGCCGCAAGUACAACUCGAUGACGUCGAUCCGCCACAACGCGCUCAUGAAGGACCUGCAGCUCAAGAUCAGCUUGAAGUGGGAGGCCAUCAACGCGCUCCCGACGGCCGAGUUGAGAGCAGAGGCGCUCGUCGAGGACUUUUCGCUCGUGCCCAUGACCCGUGGCUUCCCGACGUGGACGCCGCCGAUCCCGGGCUUCAAGCGCUUCCGCGACGACUAAAUCGAAUCGAGCCCAUGGCGAUUGCUGGCUUGCGAUUUAUAACAUACUACUAAUAGAUAGACGACACUACGAUAUGGUACAGGACA